AUGGCUUUAAAAACCACGCGAGCUGCUACUGCAGCAGCAACAAGAGCGGCUGCACACAUGCGUGCGGCUGCGGAAAGUGCCUCUCACGUCUCAGCAGCAGGCAAUUCGUCGCCUGUUGUCGUGGAUCGUCCACGUGAGCUCAUCUAUUCUGGCGAGUCGGAUGAUGCAUCCGACUCGAAGGCGAGUCCUCACGCCUCAGUAUCACCCGGGGCGGACGCUGCAAAAGCCAGGCUGACUGGCUCUGGUCAGCGCGGCAGCAUCACGAUCGAAAUCUUCGGAUCGAGUGAUUACUCCGAUGAUUCUCCGCCUCGCGCGAGUUUAUCCAACGAUAGGACGCGUGGUGAUGGCGGUGAUGCCUUUAAGCAUCACCACGAGCGAAAGUCCAGGGACCAGAAUGUCCUGCGCCACGCUCCGCAAGUAGAGUCUCCAUGGAUGCCGCCAUCCAGAGAGUUGGACCGGCUGGCCGGUACGACUACCGAACGGGAUCGAAUCCCGUUGUUCGAUCGCAGGAAAAUUUGUCCGCCUGAUUCCAGCCCGGAAACUAUCCGUGCUGAGGAAGAGUUCUUCACCGAUGCGUUCUUCAAACAUCGGUGGUACAAUGGUAGCCGUGUACGAGACGGCAAAGCCUUGGUGCAGGGAUGGAAUGCCCUCAUCCACAACAUGGAGUGUAUUGGCUGUGAGGCUGGCUCGCCAAACUUGAUGCAGCUCGCAUCAGGUUUGAGAAACGCAACUCCGUCGGUGCGCGGUACAAGUUCCACCGGCUGUCAAGAGAGGCAGGAUUACCUGUUUCUCAAGGAUUGA